CCUCACAGAUAGCUAGCGCGCGCCCCUCGGAUAAAUGCCUCGUCAGGGAAAAUGUCUGCGCCCAUCCCACUGCAUGUCAAUUUAUUUAUCACAAGAAUACACAUGAAAAAGGCUGAAAAUGGCAGGUUGGCCAUCUGUUUUAGUAGCAAUUGGAGUUGCCUUAGCAGUUAUAGUUGUCAAUGAAGAGAGCAUGUACAAUCGACGUCGAUCUCGUAGUGGAAAUGCAGGAAAACACAAUCAUCAGACAAAGUGUGACAUAUUCAUUGGGAUAUUAUCUGCAAGGGACCAUUUUGAGCACAGAAAGGCCAUUCGUGAGACCUGGCUGGGGUAUAUUCACACUCAUCCCAAGUGGAAGAAAAGGAUUUGCAGCAAAUUUGUGGUUGGUAACCACUCUUGCCACUUGCCACCUGAAUACAGAAGAGAUCCAUACUCAUGUACUCCACUCAACAUUUCUAAAACAGGAAAGCCCAAGGAUAUUGUAGCCAUGACAGUAGCGAAUGAUACAGGGAUAUUCAGGCUGACUUCAGGUCCAAUAGGCUUUGAUUUCAAGGUUCAUUAUCCAAUCAUCCUUCACAAGCUUGGUGUCUUUGAUUCAUCUGCUGACGGCAUCAAACAUCCUCUUACAGUGUCCCUCUUUGAUACUUGGAGGCAGGAGAAGGUAGUGAGUGCUCGUUUUAGUCCAGAGCAACCUGGUGUUUUCAUAGAAGGUUAUAGAUUCAGGGCAGUAGAGCCUUAUCUUCUUCCAAAGGGCUUUGAAGGGACAAUAGUCGUUAACAGUUUCAAUAAAGAUGAUCCUUCCACAACACUCUACCUCAGCAAAGAUGACACUAAUAAUGGGGGAGGUGUCAUAGAACUCCAGCAGUAUAGCAGAUAUAGUGAAGAUAAUUCAGACUUUCCAGAGAAGGUUGAGAAAUUAGAUAGAGGUACAGAAGCUUUGGUGUCAGGAAACUUCAUCUACAACAUUCAUGAACCUGACAAGCUCUCUGUAUGGAUGAACGUGAGUGAGGAACAGUCUUCAAAAUGGCAUUCCAAGAUCGUGAACGAGACGAAAGCCCUUCAAGAAGAGGCUGAGAAUCAGAACGAUAUACUCCUUCUGGAUGUUGUAGAUACUUAUAGAAAUAUUCCUGCAAAAAUGCUGCAAUUUUAUGAGUGGGUGGUGCAAUCAAGCAAUAUCCAGUAUGUAAUCAAGACUGAUGAUGAUGUAUACAUGAAUCUGGAUCAUAUUAUGCAGAACUUUGUAAUUGAUGAGUACCCAACAUCUAAACUGUGGUGGGGUCAGUUUCGAUUCGGCUGGUCUGUGGAGCAUCAUGGGAAGUGGGCGGAGCAUGACUACCAGUCACCUGUCUAUCCAUCGUUUGCCUGUGGAUCAGGCAGUAUGAUGACCAGGGAUCUAUUUCAGUGGAUAGCCGCUAAUUCAAGAAAUCUUUUUAAAUUUCAAGGAGAAGAUGUAUCCUUGGGUAUAUGGUUAGCUGCACUUCAACCAAAUUACCAUGACGACCCAAGGUGGCAUUGUGACAAUACAUGUUUGUCAUCGAUGUAUGUAUCUGCAGAAUUAUCUCCAGAUGAAAUACGUAGCAGAUGGCAUCAUAGAAGACAAUGUGGGGACCCGUGUGGGUGUGGAUGACGAGAGUAGAUUUUUUUUAAUUUUUUUUUUUGUUGAAAUAGGUCAAAUUAUUCUCCAGCUUCUUUUUCUUAUAGAAGGAAAAAAAAAAAACCUUUUCUUUUGAUGUCUUAUUCUUUUGUUCUGAAACAGCAUAAAUGAAUUAACUUUAUUUGUAUAGUUGCUAGAUAUUUGAUGCCGAACAAAGGUCCCCGAUUUAGCCUGAGUGAAUAGUUCCUGGAAGUUUUUUAAUGGAAAAUUUUGCUGAUAGCCGACGCAAACUCCUUCUUUCUCCUUAAAUUUGAUGUCUUCCUUUGGACUUUCUCCACUGUGCAAUGUUUAGUUUUUGCAUCCUGUUCCUGACUUCACCAAAUGAUGACAGAUUGAAUCAUGUAGUUAUUGCAUGUAUAUGUAGUCAAGGAAUAUGACUAUUAAACGAAAAAGAAGCUGGUGAAUAUAUAUUUGCCCAUAAAGUUGGAAUAAUCUUUCUAUAUCUGUUUCAAUAAAAUGAUUGAAAUAAAGCUUAUAUCUUCUCAAAACUUUAUUGGUCAACCUCCAUGACUCUCUAUAUAUUGAUAAAGUUCUGAGAAAAUGUAAACUUUAGCAAGAAUAAAUCAUAUUGUCACAAUCAUUUCAUGAAAAGAAGUGAAGACAAAUUAUUCCAACUUUAUGGGCAACAGAGUAAAUCAUGUCUGUUAUUUUGCUACUAAAUGGUGCUAUGUUUUGUCUUCAAAUGUACUAGAACAAUUGGACCAUGUGAUUAAAAUAUGGACAUUACAGUAUUACUUUUUAUCGUAAUGUUUUUAAAGAGGCUUUGGUAAUAUUGAUGUAAAGAAUUAUGAGGUUUGGGAAACUAUUUUUGUAUAAAGGUUUUGUGGAAGCUUUGUAUUUUAUUUCCAAUUGUUGUGUUUAGGCUCUGACACGAGAAUCAAUUCUAAUUCUUGCCUUUCAUCCAUAAAUUGUGUAAAAUCAAAGCACUUCUUACACCUACACAUCUUAGAAAAUUGAAUUUCACCAAAUAUUUUUCUCCUUCAGUAGUAGAAUACCCCUCUUUAAUUCUAAAUGAGCACAAUCAAUUUAAUGAAUUUUGAAACCAUUUUAUUUAUUAGGGAUACAUGACAUUUCCCCCAUAAUUUGAGUCAUGUUCACACAUGCAUUAUUGAACUCUGUUUGAUUAACAGGGUUGUUAUUUUUUCCUUGACUAUGCCCCAAAUUGUGCAAUGUUUAUGGUAUUACACAAACUGUCGGUGGUUAAGUAUAAGUAUUGUGCAGCUUUUAAGUAAUUUCUUAAAUACUUGUAUUUCUAUUAGGCUGGUUCGGGUAUGAAGCAGUAAACCGAGGCGUUUACAAAAAAAUACCUGUAUGUAAAUGAAUGGCUAUACUGCGCGCAAUAAAGGUCCUACACAUAUUCAGUGACGUAUGUACAAGAUGCAGGAAUAUGAAGCAUAUUACCGUACACUUCUGUCUUAAAAUAACUGCCAUGGGUUAACAAUAACAUAUCAUAUCUGAAUGAGUCUUACAACUUGAUAUGAAUGGGGAGGUGUAUGCUGUUUAUUUUUGCUGGUAUUGUAACAGUUGCAUUUUUGCCAUGCCCCAUCUUGGGUAUUGUAAUACUGUAAUACAGUCAGUUUACGACCAUCAGUUUCCAGGAUUAACGUAAGAUAAUUUUGAGUGUGCAAGUUGUCAUUUUUGCUUUCAGUCCAGUUUGAAAUAUCUUGAUUGUAUUGAAUUGAUGUAGUUCUUCCGUGUUGCCUUUGCUUAUCAGUACAUGAGAUACAAUCUUGUUUAUGUUGUAUUUAUUAAUCACUUUGUGCCUGUAUUUGUAUCAAAAGCACAGCACAUAACUUGCAGAGGAUUGGUAGAGAAAAUAAACUCAAGUGUGAAAUAUAUUCUGUACCUACACUAGGAUAUGUGUGUAGAGUGGAAAAGAUACACGUUUAUACAAUAUUUUAAAGAAUUAUCACUAGACAAAAGAUCUAAACAAGAAAUUAUAGAACUUGGACCAGCAAAAUUAACUUGCUAUAUCAGAUAUCUUGUUAUAUCAAAGCUCUUUAUAAAGAGUUUCCACUGUAUUGCAAGGUUUACAACUGGACUUCAUCAGCUGCUGCUUAAUUUCUUCUUCCAAAGAAAUAAUAUUGCUGAGCAUUACAUCAAAUCCGUCCCCUUUUUUUAGUAGUUAAUUUAUUGCAUUUAGACAUAUUUCCAUCACAUGUCAACAUCUCCAUAAUCACUGAUCAUUUCUUGCCAUUCUACUUCUUGUUCCUUAUCAUGAGUGAUAUGUUUAGAUGCUAGGACAAGGCGACAGUCAAAGUAUUUAUCAACCAAAUCGUUAUUAUACCUUGCAUUUGGAAAGCCACAACUGUAUUUUCUCUAUCUUAUUACAAUUUAUCUCCUAUAGGCUUGUGUACUUGUUUCUGUGAAGGAUGAAUUUAAGGGGAAGGGGAAACAUAUCAUAAUAGAUAUUGGUAACUUAUAAGUUUUUAUAGGUAAUAGAAUGUAUGCGAUCAUUCAUUUCUGUGACAUAUUGAACAUUGAUUGCUAUGAAAUUCAACAUGUUUUGGAUACUCUCCCCUUGUUAAUGUGCAAAUUUCAAUUUCUUUCUUUCUUUCUUUUUGAUUUUUAAAUACACCUAGCCAGGUGAAGUGCUGCAACAACACAAUAAUCAUAUCAUCAAAAUGCAACUCAAAGACAGUAUUUAACCCAAAAAACACUUGCCAUGUUAACUAGCUGUAUUCGUUUUAAAAUGACAACCUACGAGAUCAACUUAAAAUUAUAAUGUUCUUCAAAAUGAUUAAUUUUUUUAUCUGCAAGUCAGUUGAGAACUAAUUUUUACUGUAGACAUGACUUUUUCAAAUAUUUUGUAUAUUAUAUUUUGUUAACAAUGUACGAAUUGUGAUGUAUAUGGUGUAUAUUUGUUAAUACCCACCAGUUAUGUCAUGCUUGAAUGUAUAUCAAUUUGUAUGUACCAUACAGAAGUGUGUGUUUCUAUUUUACAACAUAUUCAUUGGUGCUGAUUAAGUGCUUUGUUAUAUUUGAUAGCUUGCAAAUGUACAAGAUAAAACAAGAGACUGAUGCUAUAUUUUUGUAUAACUUUGAUAUUUCAUAUGUAUGAUAGGGAGUAUCCUAUGUAAAAAUUGAAGGAUGAAAUAUCAUCUGAACAGUUGAAUGUAUGUAAUUGUGAUUUUAUGGAUGACAAAAUAUUGUAUGACAGCUCAUUUUUGUAAUAAAGAAACCGAACAGUAAGAUAAAUU